AGGAGGAGCAAGAAAUCAAUCCCUAAAACCGCAAGCUUUUCAGUAUUCGUUUCUCUAGACUGGAGUUUCUCUCUCACUGCUUCGGAAGCUUUCUGCAUCAAUGAUAUUUGGCUUUUCGUCAACUGGUCUAUCUAUCGUCUUUUCUCCGGGAGUUGUUCUAUCAGUAAUUGAAUAGUUUGGAGCUAUCUAUAAUAACGAAGCUUGUAUGAUAUUUUAUUCUGUGGUUCAUUUGGAUAUUCUCUCUGACAAAGGGAACGCGAUUGUUUAAGCUGGAAGACUAGGCUUCUUUAUCUUGAUAAUCAUGGUUGAGAGGAAGCUGUAUAAAACGAAGUUAUGUGUGUUGUACGAAAGAGGUCGUUGUUCACGUCAGAAUUGCUCAUUUGCACAUGGAAAUGCUGAGCUCAGGCGAUUAAUCGAUUCCUAUCAUGGAGGUAGGUGGGAGAGUCGAGGUAAUGACUUGAGGGAUAAGCUUGACCGAAGGCUAUCCCAUGAUCGAAGGUUCUCUCCUGGAAGAGAUUCAAGAGGUCGACCAACGUUUAGUGGAUAUAGCCCUCCGAAGUCUUUCGAGAAGAAGAGAGAUAGAGAACACAAGGAGAGACAAAAGCUGGGUUCUCAAAGUGAUUAUCCUGGAAGUUUGAUAGGCACAAACAGACCUGAAGAUCAUGCUGAAGAAGGAAAAGAUACAACUUCUAAUUCCCAAAAUAUUCUUGAGGAGCAGAUAAAAGAAGUUGAGUUGGACGUUGACAUGCUUGAUCGCCGCAAACUUCAGUUAGGGAUUGAUAUUGAAGAGAAGGUUCAAGAAGCAGACAGCCUUACUUCUAGGAUCAAUGAACUUGAGGCCCAAUUAGACAAGGAGAAAGAGGAAUAUAAUAGGAUUAGUUCAAAAAUCAAGAAAUUUGUCAAGGUACAUAAUCGUUUAUCGUGGGUACAAGACGAACUAAAGAGGUCACAAGCUCGCCUUAAGAAGAUGGGAGAUCAGCUUCUCUCAGAUGUUACUAGAACUGAAGGCAAUGAAGAGGACUUGAGCAUCAAUAUUGUGAGUGAUGCGGAAACAGGUUAUCAUGUAUUCAGUCCCCGUAGUGAGAGACUGAAUUAUUCUUCACGGAGCAAGAAAAGAUUGCAUUCUGACCGAGAUGCUGCUAAAGAAUCUAUUGCAGAUGAGUAUGGAGAAGACCGAGCUGAUACUGUUAGAUUUAAGAAACUUUCUCGGUGGAGUAUGCAGCCUGUUCAGUCCAAUUUUGGAAAGGAAAUCUCGGUAGUUAAUAAUGGACAUGCUAAUGAUGAUGAGGCCUUAGCUAAGGGAGGCAAGCUAAGAAGAGGAAAGAAUGGCUCCUCUGGCAUCAUUUCUGCAGAUAAGUUGAAAGUUUCUGGUUCAGGGCAUCUAUUGCCAGCAACAAGCAUGGCUGCCCAUGCAAUUGAUGAGGUAGUUGAAAUUGAAGAGAAGAUAGAGGUAGUUGAAAUGGAUGCGACAGAACCUGAGGGAGGAGCUACCUAUGAGUCAAAAGGCUUUCCAUUUUCAAUUCCUCCACCACUGCCUUGGGUUUCCAUUAAUACUUAUUCACAGUUUGAAGGUGAUGAUGAGAAUGUAGACGUGGAUGGUCUUGAAGAGCAGGUGGAUGUGGACAUAAUUUAAUGUAGAAAAUGAUAUGACUAUGGAAUAUCUGAUUAGGGCCCUGUUUGCUAUUUUAAUUUGAAUGAGCGUAUCAAGUUGACAGUGAAUUUUGUGUAUAUGUUGGGCUAUGCAUGUUUUUCUCUCAGCUUGCAAUGGGUUCCUGAGCCUAUCCAUUUAUCAGAAGCUUAGCAAAAGAGCACUCUUUGACCAACACUCCGCUCCCUAUUAUGGUGUACAGGCAGCGGGUAUAAGAAUCAAAAUCUUACAUCCA